AGUCAGUCGUGGCGCUGGACGGCUUCUGAGCGUCCGUGUCCGUCACGCGCCACCUUCCAUCUGGUUCCCGCAAUGCCGAUGUAUCAGGAAGAGUCUGACCCAUCUUUACAAGCUCUUGAGUCCCGCCAAGAUGAUAUUUUAAAACGUUUGUAUGAGUUGAAAGCUGCAGUUGAUGGUCUCUCCAAGAUGAUUCAAACACCAGAUGCAGAUUUGGAUGUAACCAACAUAAUGCAAGCUGAUGAGCCCACUACUUUAACCACCAAUGUAUUGGACUUGAAUUCAGUGCUUGGAAGGGAUUACGGGGCACUAAAAGACAUCGUGAUCAACGCAAACCCGGCCUCCCCUCCCCUCUCCCUGCUCGUGCUGCACAGGCUGCUCUGUGACCACUACAGGGUCCUGUCCACUGUGCACAUGCACUCAUCAGUCAAGAGUGUACCUCAAAACCUUCUCCAGUGUUUUGGAGACCAAACUAAAAAACAGCCCCGUCAAGAAUAUCAGCUUGGUUUUACUUUAAUUUGGAAGAACGUGCCGAAGACUCAGAUGAAAUUCAGUGUUCAGACGAUGUGCCCCAUCGAAGGAGAAGGGAACAUUGCACGUUUCUUGUUCUCUCUGUUUGACCAGAAACAUAAUGCUGUAAAUUCAACCCUCAUAGAUAGCUGGGUAGACAUCGCUAUUUUUCAGUUAAAAGAGGGAAGCACUAAAGAAAAAGCUGCUGUUUUCCGCUCCAUGAACUCUGCUCUGGGGAAAAGCCCUUGGCUCGUUGGGAAUGAACUCACUGUGGCAGACGUCAUGCUAUGGUCAGUGCUCCAGCAGACGGGAGGCUGCAGUGCUACAGUGCCAGCCAAUGUGCAGAGGUGGAUGAGAUCUUGUGAAAACCUGGCCCCUUUUAACACUGCCCUCAAGCUCCUUAAGUGAAUUUCAGUAGCUAACUUUAAAAAGAGUUUAGAAUUUAAGAAUGGUGCUGUUUCAUGCCUGUUGUCAGUUAAAGGGACUUGUAUUAGAACCAAAGUCUUUUUAUUUAGGCCAGUUGUCAAGUACCAAUAAAAGUAUCAUGUAAUUU